CACUCUCGUCAUUGAACGUCAUCGGGUUGCGGCGGCGACAGAAUCGGCAGUGUUGUGAUUGAAUGACAGGCUCAACAGUGCAAUUUAUGUAAACUUUGACCUGAUAUACGAUUUUAAGUUAAUUAAAAUGAUUCACGAGCUCUUGUUGGCGUUAAGUGGAUACCCUGGGACUAUAUUCACAUGGAACAAACGGACAGGUUUACAGGUCUCCCAGGACCUGCCCUUUCUCCAUCCCAGUGAGACCAGUGUCCUGAACCGCCUCUGCAAACUGGGAUCCGAUUACAUUCGCUUCACAGAGUUCAUAGAGCAACACACAGGCCAUGUCCACCAGCAGGAGCACCACUCCAUUCAGACAAACCAGGCCGGACUCAAUGGGGUUUACCUGCGGGCUUUCUGCACGGGACUGGACUCCAUGCUACAGCCUUAUAGACAGGCUCUCCUGGACCUCGAACAAGAGUUUCUUGGCGACCCGCAUCUCUCCAUUUCUCAUGUGAAUUAUAUGUUGGAUCAGUUUCAGUUGCUGUUUCCCUCUGUUAUGGUGGUGGUGGAGACAAUAAAGUCCCAGAAGGUAAGGGCAUUACAAUGGAGACCAAUACAGUCCCAGAAGAUCCACGGCUGUCAGAUCCUGGAGACGGUGUACAAGCACAGCUGUGGAGGUCUGCCCCCUGUUCGCAUGGCCCUGGAGAAGAUCCUGGCGGUGUGCCACGGGGUGAUGUACAAGCAGCUGGCGGCGUGGAUGCUGCACGGUCUGCUGCUGGACCAGAGUGAGGAGUUCUAUGUGAAGCAGGGGCCCAGCGCUGGAGGGGCCGCCGCCAACCAGGAGGAGGAUGAGGAGGACCUGGGGAUUGGAGGCCUCAGCGGUAAACAGCUGAAAGAACUACAGGACCUGAGGCUGAUAGAGGAAGAGAACAUGCUGGCUCCGUCCCUGCAGCAGUUCUCUCUGCGGGCUGAGAUGCUGCCCUCCUACGUCCCCAUCCGCGUGGCUGAGAAGAUCCUCUUCGUGGGGGAGUCCGUCCAGAUGUUUGAGAACCACAACCACAGCCCGUCCAGAGCUGGCUCUAUACUGAAGCACCAGGAGGACAUGUUUGCAACAGAGCUGCACCGUCUCAAACAGCAGCCCCUCUUCAGCCUAGUGGACUUUGAGAACCUCAUAGACGGCAUCCGCAGCACCGUGGCAGAGCACCUGUGGACAUUAAUGGUGGAGGAAUCUGAUCUCCUGGGGCAACUGAAGAUCAUAAAGGACUUUUACCUGUUGGGCCGUGGCGAGCUGUACCAGGUGUUCAUUGACCACGCUCAGCACAUGCUCAAGACCCCGCCCACGGCUGUCACUGAACACGACGUAAAUGUGGCCUUUCAGCAGGCUGCCCACAAGGUGUUGUUGGACGACGACAACCUCCUGCCUCUCCUGCACCUCACCAUCGACUACCAGGGGAAGGAGAGCAAAGAUGCCACAGGGACCAGGGAAGGGGCAACUCCCCCACAGGAGUCCUCCCCCAGGGAGGUGCCCCCUACGGGCUGGGCUGCUCUGGGCUUGGCCUACAAGGUCCAGUGGCCCCUGCACAUCCUCUUCACCCCUGCCGUUCUGGAGAAGUAUAAUGUGAUAUUUCGUUACCUGCUUAGUGUGCGGCGGGUGCAGUCUGAGCUGCAGCACUGCUGGGCUCUACAGAUGCAGAGGAAACACCUCAAAUCCAACCAGACAGACGCUGUCAAGUGGAGGCUACGUAACCACAUGGCUUUCCUGGUGGACAAUCUGCAGUACUACCUACAGGUGGACGUGCUGGAGUCUCAGUUCUCUCAGCUGCUGCAGCAGAUCAACUCCACCAGAGACUUUGAGAGCAUCCGGCUGGCCCACGACCACUUCCUUAGCAACCUGCUAGCACAGUCCUUCAUCCUGCUCAAGCCAGUGUUCCACUGUCUGAAUGAGAUCCUGGAGCUGUGUCACAACUUCUGCUCAUUGGUCAGCCAGAACGUGGCUCCGCUGGAUGAGAGAGGAACAGCCCAACUGGACAUCUUGGUCAAGGGUUUCAGUCGUCAGUCCUUCCUGCUCUUCAAGAUCCUGUCAGGUGUCAGAAACCACCAGAUCAACUCUGACCUGGCUCAGCUGCUGCUCAGGCUGGACUACAACAAGUACUACACCCAGUCAGGAGGCACCCUGGGCAGUUUCUGAUUGGGAGAGAAAAUGGAGGAUGAUUUCCAGAUGAGGUCUUCAGUAACAAGCGUUCCAGACCAUUUAUCUUCAAGUCGGAUGGAAGGACUUGAAAAUCAGUAUGUUGUUGCAUAACCCCAUUGUGUCCUGAAACGUCUUUGAUUCUAUGAUUAUUCUGUAUGGUCCCAGAUCUGUUUGCUCUGUAUGAGUUGGCUAUACAGCACAAACCGAUUUGAGAACAGGCUGUUUCAAUCAGAUACAAUAGGGUAAGUAACAGAGCUUGUAUAAAUUGUAAAUACUGUAUCAUUAAUGUGUGUGCCUUUUCAUGAAGAAACAGACAAAUAAACCAUAAUUAAAAUGAAA